AUGUUCUUCUUCCACAAGAUUACACAGACACAAAGCUUUUUCUUCCCCAAGAGCUUUUUCUUCCCCAAAAGCCUCUUCUUCCACAAAGGUUGCUGUUGUGGAUAUUUGGUGUGGUUAGCAGUCGAAGCAGAGAGCGGACUUCUCGAGAGUGGUUUGGGUUGUUGGAUGCGGUUGGUUCGCCGGAAAUUGUUAUUUGCUCCAAUUGUCCAUGAUGAUCAUUGGUGGUGCUACUGUGUGAACCUUAAGACCAUGGAAUUUUUUGUGUUUGAUUCCCUUGGACAUAAUAGAAAGAACCGCACAAGGAUAUACAACUAUAUUGCGCGUAACAUGGAAUUGUUUUUGUCUAUGUUAUUAAACUGUGAAUCAGACAAGAAGCCAUCUUUUAACGUGCAAUCUGUGGACACUCCAAUUCAACCUAACGGUCAUGAUUGUGGGGUCCUCGUAUUAAAAUUUAUAGAGACGUGA